GAAGAGCACAUGAACAGCUGGUAAUAACUUACGAGUACAAGGCACAUUUGUAAAUCAAAGUCUUCAAUCAUCAAUACAGAUUUGGCCAAACAGGUCAAGAUGAAGACGCUGGCAUUAUUCUCACUGAGCCUAGCAGUGACUCUGGGAAUGCCGUUUGCUCCUGGUGUGGAACAAACCCCAGUGUUGACUGAACGAGAACAGAGCCCUCUGCUGGGAGACUGGGUUCCUGUGCAGGGUCAUGUGGUGGUGGAAGAUCCUGCGCCUCAGGUCAGGCCAAGAUUGGAGGAGCUGAAGAAAGAAUUGGCUCCGGUGCCAGUGGACAUGAAGCAGAGCAUAGUGGAACCAGAGAUCAAGGUAAAGCCACAAGUUAGAGAGGAGCAAGAGGGGGAAGUAAAGACAGAGAUUAAGAAGGAACCAGAUGUUAAAGCAGAGCCAGAUGUUAAGGAGGAUCUAGAGGUUGAUGUGGAGCAAGAAGUAAAUCUGAAUCCAGAAGUUACGGCUGAAGUAACUAUGCCUGAUGUGGAGCCAGAGGUUGAGUUGAAGCCAGAGCUCAACGAUGACUCAGAAUUAAAGGUGAAAUCAGAAGUUAAGGUAGAGCCAGAUGUUCAAGAACAGUUUCAGGUGCAAACGAACCUCAAGGCAGAGAUUGAAACGGGCCGGGAGAUCGAAGAGAGGCACAUUGACAUGGAGGGAAAAUAUGAAAUGGUGGGUGAGCCAAUCAUGGAGCUGGAGCCACUGGAGGACGACAACGCAGAGCUGUCAGACGUGGAAAAGUCUUUGAGGGCGGCAUUUCAGAAUCAUAGUCCUGUCAAUCAACCUCUGCCAGAGGAGGAGGAGGGGCUUAUGAGUGAGAGGGACAAUGUUUUAGAUGAAGAACCAAUCAUGGAGCUGGAGCCACUAGAUGACGACAACACAGAGCUGUCAGACGUGGAAAACUCUUUGAGGGCGGCAUUUCAGAAUCAUAAUCCUGUCAAUCAACCUCUGCCAGAGGAGGAGGAGGGGCUUAUGAGUGAGAUGGACAAUGUUUCAGAUGAAGAACCAAUCAUGGAGCUGGAGCCUGAAGACGAAGAAUCUUUUUAUCAUCAGCAGGUCAUGCCAGAGGCUGCUAUCAUGGAAGAAGGGCCCGCAUUGGACAUUAUGGGGCAGCAGAUCUCAUCUUUAAGGGAAUAUUUCCCAAAUGAAGAGGCUAGGAUGGGCAUGGACUAUGGCACACAUCAAGACUUUUUGACGGACUAUGUGAUGAUGGAGGAGCCAGGGAGUGAGUUUGUCGGGGAGGAGAAGCAGUCUUCAAUGGGGCUCCCAGAAAUGGAAGACGGUCCUGAUGGAGGAGUUCAGAUUGGUGUGGCCCCUAAAAGAGAAAAACGGGCUUUAAUGAGGCAGGGAGUUAAAAACCAUGAAGAAACAAGAUCAUCACCAAAUCAAGACAAGCAAGGGCGGAGCCAUUGUCCUGGUGUGACACUCGAGGGAAGGUGUUACCAGUUCUUCAGAGGGCCGAAAACGGCUGCAGAUGCAGAGUUCUUCUGCCAGGAACAUGUGGCUGGGGGACACCUGGCCUCCAUCACAGGCCAACACAUCCACAGAGAGGUGAUGAACAUGAUGCUGCGGGAAAACGGAGCACUUACUCGCAGCUGGAUUGGAGGAUUACGAUAUUUAAAGACCGGUCGCUUUAUCUGGUUGGAUGGAUCCCACUGGAGCUACGCUGAUUGGCUGUCAGGGGAGCCCAAUAACACAGCAGAUAUUGAGGAAUGUGUGGAAGUGCUGGCACAUGGAAAUGGAAAGUUCAAUGACUUCACAUGCUGGGAACCUCAGGCUUUCAUCUGCUCCUACCCUCAUUAGUGAAUGGACCGCUUCUUUGUCUCAUGCGAUGCAGAGUUUGUUACUCCUUUCUUUUAAAAUCACAUUUUGGAAAGCAAAUGGACUGACUAAAAGGCAAUGCCUUAAACAUGACACAUUUUAUUGAAUGCAACUGGAAGAUCAGGACUUGUCAUGUUUCACAUUAUAUUCAAAUAUGAUUUUAUUUGUUUUUGAUGAAGAUUUUAUCUUGUAAAUAAAAAAAAACAUGC